AUGGCAGCACCCAGGGCCGAGGAGCUUCAGCCUUCCACAAUUUCCUUAUGGCGUAUCGCGUUAAAGACCGGCAUCAGUGAGCAAAUUAUCAACCACAAAUACCUAGGCUCCGGCACGGAAGAUGACCCAUAUGUUGUUUGCUGGCCUGCCGACGACCAGCUCAAUCCAUUCGCCUUCAGCAAAUCCUCGAAAUGGACCAUCACGAUCAUUGUUUCGCUUGCAACUCUAGCGGUUUCCCUCAUCUCCUCUGCCUAUACGGGAGGGCUGGUGGAGGUUGUCAAAUCCCUUCAUACAAGUCAGGAGCUCUCAUUGUUGGGUGUGUCUGUGUUUGUUGUCGGUUUUGCUGUUGGCCCUCUUCUGUGGGCACCGCUGAGUGAAACAUACGGACGUCGUCCCUUAUUUCUCAUGAACGCGAUCGCUUUGACAGCUUUUACAGCUGGUGCAGCCGCUGCGCCAAACAUACAAUCUCUCAUCAUCUUUCGGUUUCUUGCUGGUAGCUUGGGAUCAGCGCCAAUGGCCAUUUCUGGUGGCGUGAUCGCCGAUACUUUUCCAGCUGUCGAGAGAGGGUUUGCGGCUGGUUUGUAUGCAGGUGCACCAUUCAUGGGACCAGCCCUUGGACCAGUUAUUGGAGGCUUUUUGGCCCAGGAGGCAGGUUGGCGCGCGGUGGAAUGGCUCUUGGUAGCAUUGUCGGGUACUAUACUGCUAGCCAUGUACCUAUUCCUACCCGAGACAUAUGCGCCGGUCCUAUUGCGACAACGGGCCCAGGCCCUCUCAAAGAUUACUGAUUGCGUGUACCGCAGCAAAGUGGACAUGGAACAAGGGAAGCCACCUAUGACCAAAAUAUUGAGCGUCGCCCUAUCACGGCCAUGGGUCUUGCUCUUUUGUGAGCCAAUCGUGCUAUUGUUAUCUUUGUAUCUCGCUAUUAUCUAUGGUACACUGUAUAUGUUCUUGGCAGCAUAUCCGAUUGUCUUUGGAGAGGUUCGUGGAUGGGACGAGGGUACCACAGGCCUAACAUUUCUUGGAGUCAUGGUUGGGAUUAUGUGUGCCACUGUGUAUACAAUCCCCAUGUAUCAACGGUACAAAAAAAAGUCCCUACAGUCAAAAGGCCAUCUAUCACCGGAGGAUCGUCUACCGGACGCAUUCUUAGGAGCCAUUGCCCUUCCUGUGGGUCUUUUCUGGUUUGCAUGGACUAAUUCCCCGUCUAUUCACUGGAUGGUUCCCAUCACCGCAGGAAUUCCAUUUGGGUUUGGAAUGGUGACGGUAUUCCUUGCUGUUUUGAACUACCUCGUCGAUGCCUAUGCCAUCUAUGCCGCUUCCGUGUUGGCAGCAAAUUCUAUGUUGCGAUCUUUGUUUGGGGCUGCCUUGCCGCUCUUCACAAGCUACAUGUAUAGGGGUCUGGGUAUUCAUUGGGCCUCUUCAAUUCCAGCAUUUCUUGCGCUAGCGUGUCUUCCGAUGCCAUUUUUAAUCUAUCGUUAUGGUUCCCGGAUUCGUGAGCGCAGUCACUAUGCCGCUGAAGCCAGUGCCAUCAUGAAACGAUAUCUGGAAACAGCUGAGAUGGAGUCAGAAACCAAGCAGCAGACGUGA